AUGGUUGAAGGAGUCGACUGCGCGCUUUCAUCUACCGUUGUUUUGCGGCGAAAGGCCCCGCAGCAUCUUCUGCUGCUCUGCAAGGUGCCGCUGCGGUCCUCGGCGGGUUCGUCUGCGCUGUUGAAGGUCAUUUCUGUGGAAAGCGCAACAGUGCCGCAAAGCGACCUGCUACGGCUGACGUGGGAUGAAGUCACAAGCUACGUGGGGAAUCACGCGCUCGCCUACGCGUAUACGCACACAUGCAGGACUGCCCACGCCCAAUACCGCAAAACAGUGCGCCGGAAAGCGGGGGAUUCUUGGCACACCACGCGAGGCAGAAACGUGUACCGCGCAAGUCCGCGGAACGUUUUUAAAUCAAAAGCCCCCGGUGUCGAAGGAGCAGCAGCGCCGGCCGCCACGGACACGCCGGGGGAUAAGCCUACGCUCAAGUGA